CUCCAAAAUGAGUGCGAUGUCGCUGCCGCUGCGCCCCGACUACUUUACGUGCCCGCCGCUGAUGCGCUACGAGAAGGACCAGCUCAUUUCGCUCGGCCAAAAGAUCUGCAAGGACGUGGUGCUCAACGCCAUGUCGAUGCAGCUCGCGCCCGUCGACGCCGUGCUCACCAACGCCAAGACGCGGCGCCGUGCGCGGAUGCGCCGAGGCACCGACGUCUUCAACCGGCAGCUCGAUGGCAUGUGCGCGUACACGCAGAUCCCGUCGACGCUCGCGCAAGUCGCCGACUUUUUCUACCUCGACACCAACACCAAGCUCCGCGCCUAUGCGUCGGUCGUCGGCCAAACCAUCUUGGACCGACAGACACUCUAUACGCUCGUGGACCACCCGGGGUUGACGACGCAGCGCAACCAGCUCAUGGCGCUGAGCCCGCUCCACUACAUUGGCGUCGAGUGGAUGGUCAUGGAGUGUCCGUUUGGCGUCUCGAACCGCGACACGUGCUUCCUCGAGGCGCACGACGAAUUCGAGUUUUUCGACGAGCGCGCCAAGGUGCCUCGCCGAGGCUUUGUACGCGCCGUGCACUCGAUCGACAUGGCGUGCUGCCCGCCGCUGCGCGAGACACACGGCCUCGUGCGGUCGUCCUUGGUCCGCUCGGGACACGUUUUCAUCGAGACCGACGACCCGAAUGUGCUCGAUUAUGUCUGCGUGUACGUGACGAAUCCCAACGGCAAAGUGCCGCGGUCCGUCAACCUCAAGAUGCUCCACCACCAGUGCGCGCGGGUGCUCAAUUUGGAAGAGUUUUUUCACCUCGAACGGAUCACGUCGGCGCUGGACCACGGCGAGUUUGCGCCCGUGGGGUCGUUCCAAAGCAAGGCAAGCGUCAACUUUUGCGCGUGCUGCGACAAAAAGUUCGGCCUCUUUUACCGCAAGUCGCAUUGCCGCAAGUGUGGCCACGUCGUGUGUCACCAGUGCAGUCGCAAGUGGCCGAUCCAAUUUCGGAAAACAUCGACCGUGACGCUGCGGCUCUGCCACGUGUGCUUUGUCGGCAGCGCAGGCGCCAAGCCGCUCCCGACAUCGUCCGCGCUGACGGGCCUUGGCGACCAGCAAGGAACGGGCACGUGCGUCAUGAGUGAUGACGUGAGCAUUCUCAGCAGCUCGGUUUCGGCGCCAAGCGACGUGCCGUGUGGCGACACCAACAAUAAUGAAGUGGAGCAGACCGACUACUUUGAGGCGGACGACCACCCUGCGAUGGAAGGCAUGUUCUCGUUCCACUCGUCGUGCCGGUCGCUGCACUUUUCCAAAAGCUCGUUCAGCCCGUAUGGCGACGACAGCAACCUUGGUAUUUCCAUGUAG